GGUCGCGGGGCGCCCAUGGCGGAGUGCGGCCGGGGGGGCGCCGCCGGCGGGGCCCUGCCCACCUCCCCGGGCCCGGCCCUCGUGGCCAAGGGCGCCCUGAGAGCCGGAGCCGGGGAGGGCGGCGGCGGCGGCGGAGGGCGCCUCGGCCACGGGCGGGCGCGCUAUGACAGCGGCGGGGUUUCCAACGGAGACUGCAGCCUCGGCGUGUCCGGGGACGAUGCCCGGGCCAGCCCCGCCAGGGGUCCCCGCGGCGCCGCGCUCGCCCCGACCACCGGCCCGGCCGCCUGCCCCCUCCCCCGGGAGAGCAAGCCGGGCGGCCUGCCUCGCCGGAGCAGCAUCAUCAAGGAUGGUACAAAACAAAAGAGAGAGCGGAAAAAGACCGUCUCGUUCAGCAGCAUGCCCACGGAGAAGAAGAUCAGCAGUGCAAGUGACUGCAUCAACUCCAUGGUGGAGGGCUCAGAGCUCAAAAAGCUUCGCUCCAACUCCAGAAUUUACCACCGGUAUUUUCUGCUGGACGCUGACAUGCAGAGCCUGAGGUGGGAACCAUCUAAGAAGGACUCUGAGAAAGCCAAGAUUGACAUUAAGUCCAUCAAGGAAGUGAGAACGGGGAAAAACACGGACAUAUUCCGCAGCAACGGCAUUUCCGACCAGAUAUCUGAAGACUGCGCGUUUUCGGUCAUCUACGGGGAGAAUUACGAGUCGCUCGAUCUGGUGGCCAACUCUGCAGAUGUUGCGAACAUCUGGGUCACGGGCCUGCGGUACCUCAUCUCUUACGGGAAACACACACUCGAUAUGUUAGAAAGUAGUCAGGACAACAUGAGGACUUCUUGGGUUUCGCAGAAGUUUAGUGAGAUUGAUGUAGAUAACCUUGGACAUGUAAGCCUGUGCAGUGCUGUGCAGUGUAUCAGAAACCUCAAUCCUGGCUUAAAAACGAGCAAAAUUGAGCUCAAGUUCAAAGAAUUGCACAAAUCCAAGGACAAAGCUGGUACUGAAGUCACCCAGGAAGAAUUUGUUGAGGUUUUCCAUGAGCUUUGUACCCGACCUGAAAUUUAUUUCCUCUUAGUCCAGUUUUCAAGCAAUAAAGAAUUCCUUGACACCAAGGACCUUAUGAUGUUUCUUGAGGCAGAGCAGGGUGUGGCCCAUAUCAACGAGGAAAUAAGCCUUGAAAUUAUUCACAAGUAUGAGCCAUCCAGAGAGGGUCAGGAAAAGGGCUGGCUUUCCAUAGACGGGUUCACUAAUUACCUUAUGUCACCUGACUGUUACAUAUUUGACCCGGAGCACAAGAAGGUCUGUCAGGAUAUGAAGCAGCCCUUGUCUCAUUACUUUAUAAACUCAUCUCACAACACGUACUUGAUAGAGGACCAGUUCCGAGGUCCCUCUGACAUCACAGGGUACAUCCGCGCUCUUAAGAUGGGCUGCCGGAGCGUCGAGCUGGAUGUGUGGGACGGGCCAGAUAAUGAGCCUGUCAUCUACACAGGCCACACCAUGACCUCUCAGAUCGUCUUCCGCAGCGUCAUCGACAUCAUUAACAAGUACGCGUUCUUCGCUUCAGAAUACCCUCUCAUCUUGUGCUUGGAAAACCACUGUUCCAUCAGACAGCAGAAGGUGAUGGUUCAACACAUGAAGAAGAUUUUAGGCGAUAAGCUCUACACGACGUCGCCCAACGUCGAGGAGUCGUACCUGCCAUCCCCAGAUGUCCUGAAAGGGAAGAUCCUGAUUAAAGCCAAGAAGCUGUCCUCGAGCUGCUCCGGCGUGGAGGGAGACGUCACCGAUGAGGACGAAGGGGCGGAGAUGUCGCAGAGGGCGGGCAAGGAGGACGUGGAGCAAGCCAACCACGUGCCCGCGAAGCGCUUCCAGCUCUGCAAAGAGCUGUCCGAGCUGGUGAGCAUCUGCAAGUCAGUGCAGUUCAGAGAGUUCCAGGUGUCGUUCCAGGUGCAGAAGUACUGGGAGGUCUGCUCCUUCAACGAGGUGCUCGCCAGCAAAUACGCCAACGAGAGUCCCGGGGACUUCGUCAAUUACAACAAGCGCUUUCUGGCCAGGGUCUUCCCCAGUCCCAUGAGAAUUGACUCCAGCAACAUGAACCCUCAGGAUUUCUGGAAGUGCGGCUGUCAGAUCGUGGCCAUGAACUUUCAGACCCCGGGACUCAUGAUGGACCUGAACAUCGGCUGGUUCCGGCAGAACGGGAACUGUGGCUACGUCCUCCGUCCGGCCAUCAUGAGGGAGGAGGUCUCCUUCUUCAGUGCCAAUACCAAAGACUCUGUCCCAGGAGUCUCCCCGCAGCUCCUUCACAUCAAGAUCAUCAGCGGGCAGAACUUCCCCAAGCCCAAGGGGUCUGGCGCCAAAGGGGACGUGGUGGACCCUUACGUCUAUGUGGAGAUUCACGGGAUCCCUGCUGACUGUGCAGAACAAAGGACAAAAACCGUGCACCAGAACGGAGACGCCCCCAUAUUUGACGAAAGCUUUGAGUUUCAGAUCAACCUGCCGGAACUGGCCAUGGUGCGCUUCGUGGUCCUGGAUGAUGACUACAUCGGGGACGAGUUCAUCGGUCAGUACACCAUUCCCUUCGAGUGUUUGCAGACUGGCUACCGCCACGUCCCACUGCAGUCGCUGACCGGGGAGGUCCUAGCACACGCGUCCCUCUUCGUCCACGUGGCCAUCACUAACCGAAGGGGAGGCGGGAAACCUCACAAAAGGGGCCUUUCUGUGCGGAAAGGGAAGAAGUCCAGGGACUAUGCGUCCUUGAGAACGCUGUGGAUUAAAACCGUGGAUGAGGUGUUCAAGAACGCCCAGCCCCCGAUCCGGGAUGCCACGGACCUGCGGGAGAACAUGCAGAAUGCGGUGGUGUCCUUCAAGGAGCUGUGUGGCCUCUCGUCUGUGGCCAACCUCAUGCAGUGCAUGCUGGCCGUGUCUCCCCGCUUCCUGGGACCCGAUAACACGCCCCUGGUGGUCCUGAAUCUCAGCGAGCAGUAUCCCACGAUGGAGUUGCAGGGGAUCGUCCCUGAGGUUCUGAAGAAGAUCGUGACAACUUACGACAUAUUUGAAGACUCCAAAUGAGAAGUUAGUGUGGUUUGAGAAAUCCUGCCCCCGCCACAGAAGUCCAGUGUCACUGCUCAUUCACAUCGCUGAAGCUCGCUCUCCAGUGAGGACAGGACUGUGCAGUCCUAAGAGUGUACAGAUGUGUAUCUGUGCUCCUGAGAUUGGAAUUGCUUUUCUGUGUCUGAACUCUUAUUACUAAACUAGUGCAUCAGACACUUGCCAGUGUCCUUGUGGGAAAGGAGGCUGCAGGGGAGGGGUUGGCCAUGGGAACAUGGACAUCGUGGAAGCCAGUAUAGAGACCAGGAAAGAGUGCCCUGCUCAGGGCGGCCACCCAGCCCGGUUUUCCUGGGAAAGACCCUGCUGAUACACCUGCUGUCCCAGCGGGACCAAUGCUUCAGUGUGUCCCUGUUUAGGUGAUUAGUUGUAUGGCCACCCCGCCCAUGGCCCCUGGAUUGUCCUGGUGGUGCUUGUGAUUACCAGCAGGUCUUCAAAGCUGCCCGGGUGGUGGUUUUUCCCCCGUUGGUGGUUCCUCCUUGGAUCCUGGAAGUGGGGAGGUUUGAGCCUGGGACCUACCUAGCUCAGGAGGUGGCUGUCAAACCAUUCAGGAACAGAGGAGAAAGAGGGUACAGACACCUUCUUAGACGAGGCAGACGGGUAGAAUAGGGGCGGGGUGUGCAGAGUGGGAUUGGCUGUGCGUGGUCAGACACGUGAGGCUUUCCUUCCCUUGAGGUGUUCACCGUUCAGUGGAAGAGAUGACAUGUGUCCAUAGGCAGUGAGGCGACAGAGAGCUGUCUUGAAAUAAUGUGAACACAUGAUUUGAAUGUUCAUGGGAGAGAAUGGUCAGUUUCAAGGUUAAGAAACCCUGGCCUUUGAGCUAGACCUUUAAGGAGGAGUCGGAGUCAGCAGGCAAGUACGAGAAGGAGACUGUCACAGGCUGGGUUCUCAGAAAUGAGAAGCACGUAUCCUGGGAAACGGAAGUGUGGCCCGUGGGAGUUCUUGCACCGUUGCUCAGCAGCGAAAGGCUGGACUCAGGAUGAGGCACUGUGGACUGCAGGAGGGCUAGGGUGAAGGAGACUCAGGCAGCUGAGUGCCUUGAUUUUGCAGAUGAGAACACAGAAACCCUGUGGUCCCUCACACUAAUGGCAGAACCAGGUUUAGAGCCCGACUAGUCUCUUUGUCUAGUCUUUUUUUCUGUGAUCAGGUCAGGAAAACUAGGCACACACGGUAGGUGGAUGGAUGAUCAAAUCCAAUAAUAACAACCUGAAGGUGUUCAGGUGGGGCUCUCGAAGUCAUACGUACCUUAUUUGUGAUUCUCACUCCUCUUAAAGGUAGAGAAGAAUUCAUUUUGCAUAGUUUGGUGUCUAUUAAAAGGCAGGUUCAAUGAGCUUAAGGAGGAUUGUAUUCAGUAGAUCAGAUGCCACUCAAAGAAGUCUGACUGUGAGUCCCUGAACAUAUCUUUCAUGUGAUUGCUUGAGAAAACAGAACAUUUAAAUAUUAUACUUAAAAUGUGUGUGAAUGGACUUGAAUGCAUCCACUGGUGAGAAUCAGAACGACUGAGCUUGCUGUCUCAUGUAGUUAAAGGCUGGGUCGGAGAACAUAAGGACUGUGUAGCCUGAGUCAGAGAGAGUCUAGUGAGGAAGUGGUUUCUCUGCACAACACACGACGCUCCUGAGUGGACGUGCCAGGCGUUCCAGCACCAUCUCCCCUCUCCCAUCCACGCAGGGGAUCUCAGUCAUUAUCUUUUUAAACUAAAGCUUUCACCAUCCCCCCCCCCCUUUUUUUUUUUUUUUUAUUGAAGGAUAGUCAGUUUACAAUGUUGCAUCAGUUUCUGGUGUAUAGCAUAAUGUUUCAUUCAUACAUAUACACACAUUCCUUUUCAUAAUCUUUUUCAUUACAGGCCAUUACAAGAUAUUGAAUAUAGUUCCCUGUGCUGUACAGUAGGACCUUGUUGUUUAUCUAGUUUAUGUAUAGUAGUUACUAUGUAUAUAAUUAGUAGUCUAUUUUAUAUAUAGUAUAUCUGCAAAUCCCAAAGUCCCAGUUUAUCCCUUCCCCCCCUCAUUGUCCCCUAGUAACCAUAAAUUUGUUUUCUAUGUCUGUGAGUCCUUUAAUGUUGAUGAAAGUAAUAAUUCAGCUCUCUAGUUACCUUCGUUUAUUAGUUUCAGAUUUACCAUCUGCUUGAGGCUUAAAUUUUUUAAAAAAUUUAUGAGGUCUGUACUAACACCUAGAGACCGAGAAGUCAGCAUUCUUCCUCUACAGAGAGAACACACUGGGCGUUUAAAUGUCCUAUGAGGUGUUACAUAAAGAGAAAGCUCUCUGUAGGAUUCUUUCACUGGACUUUGAGGAUGUUAUUUUAAGUGAAAUGAGCCGGACGUGGAAAGACACGUACCUCGUGGUUCCACUCAUAUGAGGAUCUGAAAUAGUUGGGUUCUUAAAAUCAGAGACAAGGUUGGGAGUUACCAGGGGCGGGAAGGAGGGAGAAAUGGGGAGUUAGUAACCAGCAGGCGGAAGGUUUCAGAUGAGCGAGAUGAACUAGCUCUCAAGAUCUGUGUACAGCCUGGCCCCUACACCCAACAGUGAUGUGCUGUACACUUAACACCCGUUGAGAGGGCGGAUCUCAUGUCAAGUGUUCUGAUCCCAAUGAACAUUCUGUAAAGAAAGAAAAGUUUUGCCUUGCUUUUGCUGCAGUUUCUCUGCAGUACGGAAUAUGCCUCAGUCAUUGUAAUUAAGUUGAGGACGAAGUUGCAGGGGAGGAAAAGGAGAGAAGAGCGAAAAGUCAAGGAAAUGAUGCCCCACCCCGUUGCAGGCAGCCUGGUAGCUCCCAGACGGGGCAGCGGACUCUCGGCCGCACCUGCUGGCUCAGACAUUAUCCCGGAAUUCAUUCUUGUCCCUGCGCUUCCUUUGUCUCUACUUUCUGUCUGAAAUGAAUUUGUUUCGAUCCUUUACAGCUUCACAAAAAUCUCGAUUCUAAUUGCCUUCACACUUAAUCAAGAAAGCGUGCCCUGGGGGAGCCAUUUAUCCAGUAGAGAGCAGUGUUUUUUAGUGUGUAAAAAAAAAAAAAAAAAAGGAACGAGAUGCUCUGUCUAGGAGGAUGUUAUUUGCUCUCUGUGAAUAUUUUUGUAUGCGUUCUGAAGUGGUCCCUUCUAACUCAGAACUUUCGUUCUUAAACAAAACAUGGUUCUUUAAAUAAAACAUGUGAGAGGAAGGUUUUCUUACACAGACAUGCUGGCGGUCGGCAUGCAGCGUCCGGAGUAUCUGCUGCAUGUCGUCGGUGUGGUUGCAUGUGUUUGGUCUGGCCGCUGCUUGAUGCAGGGAAGAGAUGGAUCACACUUCAUCAUUAAUGGGGUCUGCCCGUCUGGACCAAGGCAGAGAUGGCCUGUAAUAAGGUUACUGUUGGAAUAUAUGUGUGUAUUUGCUUAACUGGGACAUUGUGCUGUGCAUCAGAAAUUGACACAUUGUAACUGACUGUACUUCAAUAA